CGUGCUUCUGUGGCUUGUGGUUAUUUUAUGUCGUAUUUCUACAAAAUUCGUACACAUGGAUUCCGUAAAAGGAGAGAAACACAAAAUGAAAUUAAACGCAAAAAAGUUUGCUAAAAUACCUUCUCUGGCGUACACAAGCCAUCCUGAUUAUCGGAAACCGCCACAAAUUGCUAAUCCGUAUUUACAAUGUCUUGGGGCGCCACAUAUAGACUCGUUCAAUUUCAUGCUAACAGACGGGAUAAAAGCUGUUAUCGAAAAUUUGGUGCCCCUCGAGUUUGAGUUAGGAGGGCAGCGUGUAAAAGUGAGCAUCAUCGACGGCUCCUUUGCGAAACCGACGGUCCCCAUGGAUGCGGUUGGCGUUAAAACUCAAAACAUAUACCCAACAGAAUGUAGGCAGAGAGCAUCUACUUAUAAGGGUGAAUUUAAAGUUCGAAUAUCAAUAACCAUUGAUGGAGUGGAGACCACAAUAGACAGAUCACUCGGGAAUUUGCCUAUCAUGGUUAAGUCCAAAAUGUGUCACUUGGCUGACAUGACCCCUGAAGAGUUGGUGGCACAUAAUGAACAUGCAGAUGAAUGGGGUGGCUACUUUAUAAUUAAGGGUCACGAGCGGCUCGCCCGCAUGCUGCUGGUGACGAGACGGAACUUCCCGGUGGCCAUCAGGCGUGCUGGCUGGAAGACGAGAGGAAACCUCUUCUCCGACUAUGGUAUACUGGUGCGGUGUGUCACUUUUGACCAGACUGCUACAAAUAACACCUUGCACUUUCUUCAAAAUGGGACUUGUAAGCUGAUGUUCUCGUACCUAAAGACUAUGUACUAUACGCCAUUGCUGCUCAUCAUGAAGAGUUUGGUGGACUGGCCGGAUCACGCCAUAUACAGGGUGUUGCUCAGUGGCAAGAAAAAUGAUUUGUACUAUGUCAGUUGCAUCCAAAACAUGCUCCGCGAGUUGCACGAGGAGGGCCUGCACACGGGUGCCGAGUGCCGCGCGUACCUCGGGCGCAUGUUCCGGCCGCGGCUGCUCGGCGUGCCGCCGUGGGCCUCGGACGAAGACGCCACCACCUUCCUGCUGCGGCGCUGCCUGCUCAUCCACCUGCAGGACAACAGGGACAAGUUCAACGCGCUGGUCUACAUGACGCACAAACUUUAUGACGUCGUGCAGAACAAAUGCAAGGUGGAAGGCGCCGACGCAGUGAUGUGCCAGGAGCUGCAGCUGGGCGGGCACCUGUACCUGCAGGUGCUGAAGGAGCGGCUGGAGAUGCUGCAGCUCGCCGUGCGCGCCAACAUCAACAAGCGCGUCAACCCCGGCGUCACUCUGUCGCUCAGCGCGAAAGAUCUGAACAUCAUAAUGCGCGCCUCGGGUAGCCUCGAGCAGAAGAUGGAAACAUUCUUGGCCACCGGCAACGCGCCCGCCAACCACGUGUCGCUGCCGCAGUACAAGGGGCUCACCAUAGUAGCUGAGAACAUCAACCGCAUGCGAUACAUGUCGCACUUCAAGGCCAUCCACAGAGGCUCGUUCUUCAUGGAGAUGCGUACUACAGAGGCUCGACAGCUGCUGCCGGACGCGUGGGGCUUCGUGUGCCCCGUGCACACGCCUGACGGCGCGCCCUGCGGCCUGCUCAACCACCUCACCAUGUCUGCUCAGGUGACACAAAAUCCAGAUCCGAAGAAACUCAAACAACUUCCUUCUGUCCUAGAGAGAUGUGGAAUGGAGCCAAUCAGCACCAUAUCCCACACGCCCCUGUCCUCCGACGAGUACAAGUACCCGGUGUUCCUGGACGGGCGCCUGGUCGGCUACCUGGCCGAGGACACCGUGCUCAAGUCCACCAACUACCUGCGCACGCUCAAGGUCAAGGGCGAGGAGGUGCCCAUCAGCACCGAGAUCGUCGUUAUACCCAGGAAACAGAACAACGGACAGUACCCGGGCGUGUUCCUGAUGACGUCAGAAGCGCGCAUGAUGCGUCCCGUCAUCAACCUAGCCACCGGACAGCUGGAGCUCAUCGGCACCAUGGAACAGCUAUAUCUAGACAUCGAAGGGCCUGGCCGGACUGCCAUGGCUGUGAACUACGUUCCUCCCGCUCUCUCAAACUCUCCAUUCCUUCUCACCGUUCUGGUUUCGUCUCUAACUCCUUCGCCGUCGAGUAACAUGUACCAGUGUCAGAUGGGGAAACAAACCAUGGGAACCCCAAUCCACACGUGGAUCACGAACGCAGAAACCAAGUUGUACCGGCUGCAGACGCCUGCCACGCCCCUGUUCCGACCUACACACUACGACAACAUAGGCCUUGACGACUAUCCCUGCGGCACCAACGCCAUCGUCGCUGUUAUUUCUUACACGGGCUACGACAUGGAAGACGCCAUGAUCAUCAACAAGGGCGCGUACGAGCGCGGGUUCGCGGCCGGCACGGUGUACAAGUCGGAGAUGGUGGAGCUGCCCAACAACGCGUCCUACUUCAGCCGCGACGACUCGCGGCCCGCGCUGGCCGACCACCUCGACGACGACGGCCUGCCGCCCGUCGGCGCGCGCAUCAAGCCCGACGACCCCAUCUACUGCUAUUACGACGGUGACAAGAGCCAGUACGUGGUGUCGUGGUUCCACGGCAAAGAGGAGGUUUUCGUGGACAGCGUGCGUCUGUGCGGGGACUUCCACCAGAGCGCGCCCAAGAAGGCGUGCAUCAUGCUGCGGAUACAGCGUAACCCGGCAGUCGGCGACAAGUUCGCGUCCCGAGCCGGCCAGAAAGGCAUCUGCUCACAGAAGUGGGUGGCCGAAGACCUGCCCUUCACGGAGUCCGGCCUCAUCCCUGAUAUCUUGUUUAACCCCCACGGCUUCCCCUCUCGGAUGACCAUCGCUAUGAUGAUCGAGUGUAUGGCGGGCAAGGCGGCGAGCGCGCACGGACAUGUACACGACGCGACUCCGUUCCGCUUCAACGAAAAGGACACAGCCAUCGAAUACUUCGGCAAGCUUCUAGAGGCGGCCGGCUACAAUCACUACGGCACCGAGCGCAUGUACAGCGGCGUCGACGGCCGCGAGAUGCAGGCCGACAUCUUCUUCGGAGUCAUUCAUUACCAGCGGCUCAGGCACAUGGUAUCCGACAAGUGGCAGGUCCGUACAACCGGUGCAGUGGAUCGGCUGACUCGGCAGCCAGUGAAGGGUCGACGGCGCGGAGGUGGCGUGCGUCUCGGAGAGAUGGAACGCGACGCGCUCAUCUCACACGGCGCCGCCUUCCUGCUACAAGACCGCCUGCUCGAGUGCUCCGACAAGACUCAGGCAAUAAUGUGCGUGAAGUGCGGGUCGCUGCUGGGCCCGAUCGUGGGCGGGCGGCUGGGCGCCAAGGAGUCGUGCCGGCUGUGCGGCGAGGGCCACCUGGUCGCGCUCGACAUCCCCUACAUCUUCAAGUUCUUCGCCACGCAGCUCGCCUCCGUCAACAUCAACGUCAAGAUAAACUGCGAUAUUAACCUUGCUGUUAAGAGAGAGAAAAUAUAGAUAUAAUAGGAUACUAUUGAAAUAAAAUAAAUGUGUAUA